CAAAACAACAGCUGAUUGCAAGAUAUAUCUGUGAAGUUAUUGUUUCAUUUGAAAGUUAUGGUGUUAUUAUGUCCGUUUCACUAAUCGCGCUGCGUUUGGAAAUUGCACAAGAAUAUCCUCUCCUACCCCACAUACAUUUUUCGGCUUCAAGACAGAAAAGACCGAUGGCAUUACCUGAAUCUAAUGUGACCAAAGCAGAAGGAUACAAAGAAGAUGAAGUACCGGUAGAACAAACACGUUCUGCCCUUUCAAUUGAUAAAUGUCGUGGGUCUCGAAAACUGCAAGAAAUGAUUGUUGAAACAGUAUGCAAUACUGGUGCAGAGGUGGACAUAUCUAGUAAUGAUAGUUCCAUUGUGAAAGUGGAAGGUGCAGUUCAGCCAGAGAAUACAGUAAUACUAAAUGAAACUUCAAAACUUGCUCAAGUUAAUAAAUCUGUACCUGGUCACAAAACAACGAAGAAUAAAGGAAGUGAGAAAAAGGUUCAUCAAAAUGCAUCAAAAAAGUCUGCCAUAAAAAAUGAUUCUGUACAAAAAGAAAGGCAAAAAAUUAAAAGUAGUGAUGAUAAUGUAAAUAGUGUAGAUAAAACUGUUCCUAUAAAAGAUAAUAAAACUGUGAAUCCUGUUGAAGAAACUGUUAAGGUUGCUGUGGAAGAUGUUGUUGAGGAGGAGCAGUGUCAUGAAGAUCCUGCAGAUGUAACCGAUCCUGACAAACGAAACAGAAUUGUACAUUCUCCUCCAAUUUCUUUUUCUUCUGGUAACCAUUUUGUUGAAGUUACAAAGGGAUUGCUUCAUUUAUACAAAGAGAAUCAGAGGACAACACUUGCUGAAGAAGCUGAAAGAAGUGAAAUGUUGUGUAUUUUAGCUGUUCCAGCUGCAAUGACUACUCAUGAUUUAUUACAGUUUGUUGCACCUGUGUAUGAUGACAUUGAACAUAUGAGAAUAAUUCGAGAAAACAAGCCAAAUCAGUACAUGGUCCUAAUAAAAUUUAAAAAUCAGUUAUCUGCAGAUAUUUUUUACAAGAACUUUAAUGGCGAAAGAUUCAAUUCUAUCGAACCUGAAAUUUGUCAUCUUGCUUUUGUUGCUAAAGUUGAAACUAUUAAAGAGUCUGAGGAAGCUUGCCUUCCUUUACCUGGCCAUACAGAAUUGCCAACAUGCCCUGUCUGCUUAGAAAGAAUGGAUGAAUCUGUUGAAGGAAUUUUGACAAUUUUAUGCAAUCACUCAUUCCAUGGAAGCUGUUUGGCUAAAUGGGGUGAUACAAGUUGUCCUGUAUGUCGCUAUUGUCAAACACCAGAGCUUAUGCCUGACAACCGAUGUGUUACAUGUGGUUCGCAAGAUAGUUUGUGGAUUUGCCUUAUUUGUGGACAUAUAGGCUGUGGGAGAUAUGUAGAUGGACAUGCAUAUCAUCAUUACUUAGAUACACAGCAUACUUAUGCUAUGCAGUUGGGCAAUAAUCGUGUCUGGGAUUAUGCUGGUGAUAAUUAUGUGCAUCGUUUAGUACAGAACAAAGCUGAUGGAAAACCUGUUGAGUUAGAGCCUCGAUGGAUUGAAAAUGAGGAAAAAAUGGAUUCUAUGCAACUUGAGUAUACAUAUCUAUUAACAAGUCAGCUAGAAGCACAAAGGCAUUAUUUUGAAGAUCGCAUCACAAGGUUUGAAACAGAGGCACUGAAACAACUGGAAGAGAUGAAAGAAAAAACAAAACAUGCAGUAGAUGAGAGAAAGCAGUUAGAAGAAAAACUCAAUAGAGUCACAAAGGAAAAGCAAGCUCAAGAAAAGAAAAUUAGCCAGGUAAAUAAUUUUUAAUAUGUGCCUGUUAGC